UGUAUUUAAGCGCCAAGACAUGGCUCUGAAAGAAAUAGGCUUCCAGAAAUUCUCCGGCAGCUUCCGCGGGAUACUUUUCUCCGAACUGUCGGUUUGCUCUUUUAUAAAAAGGCGCUGCAGUUCCUACCGUUCGAUCGGAGUAUCUUCCCCCUCUCCUAAAAUCACGCCGUUCGUUGGUCCAAGAAACGCACGGCGGCCAGCUGGGGAGGGCGUCCGAUUCUCGCCACAGGAGAGACAACGGAGAUAGCGGGAUUGAGAGGAGCAGCGCAGCGAGGAUAUAUAACUGUAGCGCAUUGUAAUGGCCGAUGGCUCUUUGGGUCCAGCGGCGUUGCGAAGCCCUCGCCUCCACUUCUCAUUCCCCCAUCCCUUUCCCUUCGUCACCUCCUCCUCUUCCGUCUCUCUCUCCGUCCUCCCCAUGGCUGCGGGGCCUUGCAACGGUGCUUGCUCUCCACGCGCGAUCUCUUCUUUUUCUUCGAACCCUGACAAUAUUGCCCCGCCCUCAUUGCUCGUCUUCUCAGGGGGAACUGCAUUUAAUGGUGUCAUAGAAGAGUUAAAAAAGGUAACAACUCGAGUUGCGCAUGUUCUUCCUGUUUCUGAUGAUGGAGGAAGCACAGCCGAGAUUGUUCGUGUGCUCGGUGGCCCAGCUGUAGGGGACAUACGAUCAAGAUGUUUGAGAUUGUCUGAUGAAAGCACUUCUGAAGCUCUUGCUGUUCGUCGAUUGCUUGGCCACCGCUUGUCUCUUGAUGCAUCAGAAGCCAAAACAGAGUGGUAUGAAAUCGUUGAAGGGGAGCAUUAUUUGUGGAAUGGCGUAUCACGACCUUACAGGGAAACAAUCCGUGCAUUUCUGGUUUACUUUCAAAAUCAGAUCCUCCGACGCUCAAAUGAAUCAUUUUGUUUCAGCAAUGGCAGCAUUGGAAAUUUCUUCUUUGCUGGAGCACGCAUAUUCUUUCAGUCAUUAGAUGCUGCUAUAUUUUUGUUUUCACGUGUUUCAGAGAUUCCUACAGAAAGUCUUGUACUUCCUGUCAUUUCCACUAACGACAGGCUCACUUUGGGAUGUGAAUUAUGGGAUGGAACCAUUAUACGUGGUCAAAAUGAAAUUUCACACCCAACUAAUGGAUGUAUGGAACCCAUAAACAAGGAUUGUACUUCAACUACAGCACUGCCGUCUAGAAUUAAGCGGGUCUUCUACAUGUCAAGUGAGGGUAGCAAUUUGUUGCACGAGGUUUUCCCUGCUGCUAACCCUACAGUUUUGGAACAGUUGUGUAAAGUUGACUGCAUUGUUUAUGCUAUGGGCUCUCUUUAUACUUCCAUCUGCCCAUCAUUGGUAUUGCAUGGCAUUGGUGAAGCUAUUGCCUCGAGAUCUAUUCCCAAGGUACUCGCUGUUGGGGUACUUCUUUUAAAUGGUUCACAUGAUAGAGAAACAACUGGUUUAUCAGCUUCUGGCUUUGUAUCCGCAAUUACAGAUGCUCUAAACCGAACUUAUGGAGACCCUGACAAGAGUCUAAAGAAACUUCCCAGUGAUUACAUCAACGCUUUGUUGGUUCCUAGAGAUGGUCAAGUCGCUGUAGAUGUUCAUUGUUUGGCUGAUCAAGGAAUUUUUCAUGUGCAUGGAAUGAAUGUUACCUGCAGGCCAUUGUAGACUCUGUACAUAUUCCUAAGGUGGGGACCAUAUUUGACCCCAAAUGUUUAAUUAAAGCUUUGACUGAUUUGAUCGGUGCUUACAAGGACGACUCCAUGCUGCACUCCAAAGCUAUGUGACACAGAAUUCGUAGAACACAAUUUUAAGUUGGAAACUUUAUAGCGGUUAUAGUGAAGAAUAUUUUCUGCCCAAGUUGUAUAUUUAUCCCAUUACUUCUUGUUGUAGAAUGUCUGUAAGUAAUUCACCCCACCUGCCCAUGUAACGUAUCAUCUUUAUUAGCUGGGCUGACGCAUCAACUUCGUUCUUGCCCAAGUUUGUUCUCAUCCUGCUGCUUUGACAGCUCCCAUGUGUAUAUUUGUGCCUCUGCCUGUCUUCAAGUAUAUACAUUUAUUUAUGCAAGGGAAACCUAUGCGUCAA